GAGCACUACUUUAGAAGUAUCUGGAAUGGAUGCUUACAAUGACCUUAUAGAUAAUAGAAAUGUUAGAACCUUCGCCUAUCUUUUGAGGGCUUCAUUACUAACAAGGGCCCCUGUGUCUUUAGCUCCGAUGACUGAAGAGGUUCUUCAAGGUAUCGUAGAAAUGAAGGGUGAAGGUAGAUUUGGGUUUUUAGAUUUGUUUUUUGUUGGAGAUGGACAGUGCAUGAGCAUUGAGCUCAAAAGAUAUAUCAAAACCUCUGUUAAAGUGAUUUUGGAAAAUGGGGUAAAACAAUUGGAGUCUUAUAUUAAAGUUAUCGAAAAAGGCAAAGUUACUAAGUAUACUGAUCCGGGCAUCUUUGAUGACCAUAUAAAUACCAUAAAAACAAACAAACCAUGUAUUAUACAUGGAUUCGUUGUUAUG